AUGACAACAGCGGCGCCCAUGUGCAGCCCUGCCUGCAGCAAGGUCGCUCAUGGGCACCAGUACGUCACGGCGUGCUUCAUGCACGUGCGCCUUCACUCGCAGGCAGAGGCCUCCCUGCUCGCCACCAAGGGCCGCGUCACACCGGAGCGCUGCGACCCCCAGCCGCGCGCCCCCGAUCAGCUUGACGCUUUUCUGGCCCGCUGCAUUGCAGAGGAGAGCAGCCGCAGCGGCAGUGCCGGGGGCGGCGAGCGCAGUGACCGUGAUGGCGAUGGAGUCGGCGGCAGCGGCCGCAACGAAGAUUGCGGCGCGGACGCCGCAGCCCUGUUUUCGGCGAUGCAGCUGUGCCUGGCCGCCGCCGACCGCGCCGCGCCUGCCGCGCGCCGCCGCGCCGCCCACGCGCGCGCCGUCGAGGCCGGGAAGCUGCGUCUCGAGGCGGCGCGGUGGCGGGGCCGCCUCGCUGACCUGGAGCUGCGGCUGACGCAUGCUGCAAACGAAAACGAUGCGCUGUGGCACGAGCUCGAAGAUACUGUGGCCGCGCGCAGCCUGCAGCUCGGCCUUAACGAGGCUGAGGAGGCCGCCACGCGCGCCAGGCUGCUGCGCUGGCGGGAGCUGUGCGGUCAGCUGCUGCGGGAGGAGCUGGCGCUGGAGCGGCGGCUGCGGGCCGGGCUGGCGGCGCUGAGGCGCGGCCGCGGGCCGCUCCCCUCACGUAUCGCCGCGGCCUUCGCUCAGCCUUGGGGCUGCGGCGGGCUGGCGCAGCGGCGUGGGCUGCCGGGGUGGCAAGGGGCAGGCGGCGGGGACGACGUGGAAUCUCAAGUGCCGCCCAAGAGGCCUCAUAUGAAGCAGAGGCCAGAGCCAGAGCUAGAGCCGGACCCGUUUGGUCCCGGGGUGCUGUUCCCCAUGAUCGGACCCCCUACGGUCCCCGGUGAGCGCGCGCGCUCGUCCGAGCAGCUGCCCUCCAGCGAGGCGGCCGCGGCCGCCAUCGCGGCCCCGGACGCCGCCGACGGCGCCGCCGUUGCAGCCGAGGGCGCGGCGCCCGGCCCCUGCUCGGAGCGCGACGCAGAAGCCGCCGAGGCCGCCACCGACGCAGGCGCGCUCGUGGCCGGCUUCCUCCGAUUUUGUGAGGACGACAAGCAGGGCUGCGCGGCGCCGCUGCGGGCGCUGGCCGCCGCAUUUCCACGCCGCCUGGACGGCGCCGCGCGGCGCGCGGCGGCGGAGGAGGCGCGGGCGGCGCACGAGGCGGACAGGGCCGUGAUCCAUGCGCACCAGGAGACGGCCAGGUGGUUGGGGAUGGCGAUGCACCUGGAGAGCCUCCGGGCGUCCCACGAGUUUGAUACCCGGCAGCGGCGGUACUAUAUUCGCCAGGAGCGGCGCAAGGCGGCGGAGGAACAGGCGUGGCACAGGGGCGUGAUGGCGAGGCUGGCGGAAGGCGGGGAGGCGGAGUGGGGGGCGUUUGGGCGCGAGCUGGCGGGAGUGCAGGAGCGGCAGGAUGACCUGCUGGGGCAGAUUUGGGGUGUGAUGACUGGGUAG